UGAAAAGUGGCAUUUCAAGUUCAGCAAUUUUUUUUUCCACACCGAAAGAGAAAGUGCACCUCCCUCUUGUUGUCACCUGUCUUACAGCAACCACGCAGGCGUUACUCGUGGUUUGGAUAAGUUCAGCGUCAGGUUUUAGCAAGUUGCAUUUCGAGUUCCGCUAUUUUAUUACAACGAAAGCACGCCUGCCUUACACUACUCACAUACCUUUUCUCUCUCGGUUCAAACCACCACCAUCACCAACAUCCUUGUCCCCUGCCAGUUCCAUUGUCAUGGCAACCACUGCCGCCAGCAGCAGCGGCAGCAGUUCUGACAGAAAGUCUGCUACCUCCCCACUGAUGGCCAAACCUCAUGCUCACCAACAGCGGUUGGUUAGCAAGGAUGGUCGGAGCCUUGUGCGGGGCCCCGUCUACCAUGGGCGGGCAACAUGGCUGGGGGCAUUACGGGAUGUGUGGGGUACAUGGCUUUCCCUGCGCUGGCGAUGGAUGGUUCUGGGAUUCUGUGGCUCCUUCCUCCUCCACUGGCUCCUCUUUGCAGUUCUCUGGUACCUUCUGGCACAUGCCAAUGGAGAUCUGACCGUUGACCAUGACAACCCACCCCCUGGGCACACACUGUGUGUCAAGUAUGUGACGGGCUUCACAGCUGCAUUCUCGUUUGCGCUGGAGACCCAGCUGACCAUCGGCUAUGGCACCAUGUACCCCAAUGCUGACUGCCCCACAGCCAUCGCCCUCCUCGCCUUGCAGAUGCUGCUCGGUCUCAUGCUGGAGGCCUUCAUCACCGGUGCGUUCAUGGCCAAGUUCUCUCGUCCUCAUAAGCGCUGCAGUGGUAUCCUGUUUAGUCCCCAGGCUGUGGUGUGUGAGGUUGAAGGUCAAUGCUGCUUGAUGUUCCGUGUGUGCAACCUCCUGUCGAGGCCACUGGUUGACGUGUAUGUAAGUGCAGUUCUCUAUGAAGAGCGGGAGGAUCACACACUGCACCAAACUGCCCUGGAAUUCACCUUGGAUGGCCUGGGAUCGCGACCCUGCCCCCUCUUCCUAUCACCUUUGACCUUUCUUCACCCUUUGACUCCGGACAGCCCGCUCAGCUGUGUCCUUCCACCUGUUGGCCAAUCACAGUUCGAGCUGGUGGUGUUUCUCUCUGCUUCUCAGGAGGGGACAGGAUCUGCCUACCACAAGAGGACAUCCUACUUGCCUGAUGAGAUCCAGUAUGGCCGCUGCUUCUCCAAAGCUAUGGUCCUGCAUGGGAAGGCACAAAACAACUUAGACACCAUGUGCUAUUUUGACACGCACCUCUGUCCACUCAUGGUACCCAACACGCACACCAAUUCUCGGGAUAAGGAGUGUGUGGUGCAGGUCAAUGGAGAAGGCAAUGACAAGACUGAAUAACUGUAUUUUUUCCUGUCCACUCUGUGCAUACAAAGAGGAAUUUCACUUAUGACCAACAAGCCAAACAAACUAUACAUUUCAGAAUUUUCCCUGGUCCAACAUGCCUGAGUUAGCACAUGAAGGAUUUGAGAA